ACCAUGCUGCCGCUGGGCUCGGCGCCGGCCCUGAACGAGCUACUGCUUCGAAAGGAGGAGGAAUGGAGGGCGCUGCAGGCCCGCCACACCAGGCUGCAGGAGGCGGCUCUGCAGGACACACAGAGCCAGCUGCAGGAGGCUCAGGGGAAACUGCGGUGCCUGCAGGAGGACUUCGUCUACAACCUGCAGGUGCUGGAGGAGCGGGACCUUGAGCUGGAGCGCUAUGACGCCGCCUUCGCCCAGGCCAGGGAGUGGGAGGAGGCCCGGCGGGCGGAGGUGAGCGAGCUCAAGAUAGAGGCAGCUAAGCUGAGGCAGGCGCUAGCCAGAGAGGCCAGGAAGGUGGAGGAGCUGCAGCAGCAGCAGCAGCUGGCAUGGCAGGAGCAUCGCCUGGAGCUGGAGCGCGUCCACAGUGACAAGAAUGGUGAGAUUGACCACCACCGGGAACAAUAUGAAAAUCUCAAAUGGAGGCUGGAGAGAAAACUUGAGGAGCUCAACAGUGAGCUUGCUCUGCAGAGACAGGAACUGCUGCUGGAGUUUGAAUCGAAAAUGCAGAAGAGGGAGCACGAAUUCCGUCUGCAGGCUGACAACAUGAGCAACACAGCCUUGUCCCAGGAGCUCAAGGUUAAACUACUGCACAAAGAGCUGGAGGCUCUGAAGGAAGCCGGGGCGAAGGCUGCAGAGAGUCUGCAGAGAGCAGAGACCACCAACGCGGAGCUGGAGAGGGAGCUCCAGAGCCGCGCCCGGGAGCUCCGGGACCUCGAGGCUGUGAGUGACGCCCGGAUAAAGGACUUAGAGGACAAAAUUCACUCUGUGCAGCUAACCAACAAGAAGGAAGAGGAAAUAUUUAAAAGGAAGCAUGAGGAGCUCGACCGUCUAGCCAGGGAGAAGGAUGCAGUGCUGGCAGCGGUGAAGGGAGCCCACGUGGAACAGCUGCGGGAGCUGCAGGCCAGGGUUCUGGAGCUGCAGGCCCACUGCGAGACCCUGGAGGCGCAGCUCCGCAGGGCAGAGUGGAGGCAGGCAGACGCUGCCAAGGAGAAGGACACUGCCAUUGACCAACUUCGUGAAGAUGCAUCAGCUGUAAAAUCUGCCUGGGAUGCUCAGAUUGCUCAACUGUCUAAGGAGAUGGUCUCCAAAGACCUUCAGAUUCAGAUGCUGCAAGAAGAAGAGAUGAAGCUCAAGGCACAGGUGGCCCGAUUCCAGCAGGACGUUGAAAGGUACAAGCAGGAGCUGUCCCUGGCGGUCGGAAGGGAGCGGAGCCUGGAACGUGCUCAGGUGCAGCUGGGCCUGGACUGGCAGCGCCGCUGUGACGAUGUUGAAAGGGACCACAUCCAAAAAUCGGAGGCCCUGAUUCAGGGUCUGACCACGGCAAAAAGUCAGGUUGCUGCCAAGCUGCAGGAGACAGAGCGGGCACUACGGGAGCAGGAGGCGGUGCUGAAGGCCGUGACCCUGGAGCGAGACCAGGCCAUGCAGGCCCUGAGGAUGCAGGGGCUCCCCAGACCAGAGGCACAGGUGCUCCUCAGGCAGCAUGAAGAAGAAAUAAGUAAAGACUUUCCAUCCAGUGAGAUCCAGCGCUUGCGAGAGCAGAACAUGAGCUUGCGAAACGUGAUUGCACAGAUGAGGAAAGAAAUGGAGACUCUCAGCCAUCAGAUUCCUCUUCCCGCCCAGAGAGCGGGGGAGAGCACAGAGGCAAACCAGCCUGACCCAAAGGCGGGGGGAGAUGCAAACCAGCCUGACCCAAAGGCGGGGGCAGAUGCCGCCACUCCUGAUUAUGUUCUGGCCCUUGAAGCAGAAAUACGAAAUCUAAAGCAUAAGUUUAAAACCCUGGAAGAGCAGCUGGAAGAUGUGUUGGAUCCUUUAACCAUGUCUUCACCUCGUGCUAAGUCUCAGCCCAGCAUCUGCACCUCGACAGAGACCCCUGGAGUGUCUGUCCAGGCUGGUCAAGUGGACUCUGGACUGGCGCUCAGGAAGCUCGGGGACAGAGUGCAGCUCCUAAACCUGCUGGUGACACGACUCAGACAGAAGGUGCUGCAGGAACCCGUAGAGCCGGCUGCUCUGCAGCUCGAGCUUCCCCGUGAGGUGGACCAGGUACACCUGGAGGUUUUGGAGCUGCAGAAGCAGGUGGCUGAGCUGGGGAAGCAUCUCAGGAUAGCCCACCACUGGGGAGCGGAGCCUUCAGGAAGGAAGCAGCCCUCAGCCUUGGACGCCGUGGUCCUCGGGAGAGAGAGCCUCUCUAAGGGAGGGCCUGUGGAGGCCAAGGACCAGGGGGAGUUUGUCCUGCACCUCCGGCCGGCGGCACAGCCCCCACAAACCUUAUCUAUGCACCAACUCCAGAGGAAGUUGAAGGAGGCAGCCAGAAAAAUCCUCAGCCUCCGCCUGGAAAAGGAGCAGCUCAUCGAGAUGGGGAACAGGCUCCGUGCAGAGCUGGGACGCCAUGAAGGACACCAAGAGCGCAGAGGAUGAGUGUCCUUCCAGACACCCAGGGAAGCAGCGGCCCGGCUCGGCACAGGUGGGCGGCGGACACAACGGCCUGCGAGGCCGGAAGACACAACACAGCAUUCACACGGUGACCUGUCAAGCACCCCAGCAGAAAGAAGCCCGGCCUCCAAAGCCACCCCAGGCUCAGGAGCACCCUGAAGAGCUCGUUCACCACUCCCACAGCUCCUCCUCCUUUGCCAGCG